CUUUACAAUUUAAACAAAAUGUAGAAAUAUUGUUUUAAAGGGACUAGUUCACGAUUUUUGAGAAAAACAUUUUUCAUUUUUGAUGUUAAACAUUAAAAAAAUAACUCAUUUAAUGUUGACAGCCAAAAUUUUGACAUUCUGAAUGCAAGAAUAAAAGCAAUAUUUUAGCCUUGAAUCUGUGUUUUGUAAACAAAGACUCGAGUCAUUUUAUGCAUACAAACAAGCAAGUGUAAUAUUGAUUUUGUAAAAUAAAGCAUCUUAAUUUUGCAUAGUCACAAAUUCUAACUUUUAGAUGACACAUUUUACCCCCAAAAUGUUUGAAAUGUGAAAGAUAUAAUAAACUUAAAUCGAUAUACAUUUGUUUUGAAAAUUUCGUAAACAAUAACAUACCGCAAUCUUUGUUUACAAAACAAAUAAUAAACUCUCUACAAUGAGAUUCUAUGAUAAUGUAUAACUUUAAUUUUUAUGUGAAAUCUUUUAAACACAUUAGGCAGUAGAUUUUGAUCAUUAAAAGUAAAACAGAAAAUUUUGGGGAAAAUUGUGAAUCAGUCGCUUUAAGUUACAUCCGUAUGUAUGCUUGUUUAUUCCCGUAUUUAUCCAAUUUCAGAAUCCAUUUUUUUAAUAGAGAGUUGAAGCACUAAUUCAUGAUUCCACUGGAGUUGUGUUUUGAAAUAAACUUUCAGAGCAAUACAUUUCAUAUCAGUCCUCAUUCAUACAUGCCAACUAUCCCGAUUUAUUCGGGAUUCUCCCGAUUUCAAGCAGUCGAAAAUGCAAAUCCCGAUAUCCCGAUCGGGAUUGCAAAAUACCCCGAAAUCCCGAUUUUCUAAAAAUACCUCCCGUUUUACGACAACAAACCCGAAUUUCCAACCCGAAUUUAAAAUCCCGCGCCGCUUAUUCAAGCCAACCAAUCAGAAAUCGGGACAAAAAUCGCCAUAUUGCUUUUUACCUGUGUCGUGUGUCGGGACUAUUGGUUUCGAUUUGGUGUAAUUACCCUGAACCACCUUUCAAGGCUUUGUCGGAGGGUGUUUACCGAACUUAAUUAGGAGCAUGUUUUGAUUAUCAUUAAUCUGAAGGUAUCAAGAUGGGUUGCAAAUUGUCAUAUUAUUUACACAAACUUCAACGACAACGAUGGGAGUUACACCACCGAGAAAAAAAUCGAAACUCUUGUCCCGGUAUUUGGACAAAUGGGAGGCAGAUUCAAGACAGCAAGAACCAGCUUAAUGAUAACAUAAUUGCUAUUGGUUCAACGGCAAGGGCCUACCUCAUCGACAAUAAAGAAGAUGUCCCACCAUCUACCCUCCAGAGAUUUUUUAUGUCUGUGAGGAAGUUUUACGAGUGUGUGGCAGCCAAGAUGUUGGCCAAGUUUCCCUUUGGAGAUCCUGUUGUGUGUGGUCUGUCAUUGCUAAAUCCAAACAACAGAGGAGACCUCCCCCCAGCAGCCAUCACUGACAUUGCUAGACGAUUUCCUAACCUAUUAUCAGAAAAGGACAUGUAUGAGCUGGAGGAAGAAUUUUUAGAUUACCAAACAACCCCAGCAAGUGACUUUUGUAAAAGUGAAGGUGUUUGCACCGAUGAGUUCUGGGGAACCAUUCUUCAAAUGAAAAACAAAAUCACCUUAAAACCAAGGUUUCCCAUGAUGCAGAAAUUAGUUUCAGCUGUGCUAACAAUUCCCAACUCAAAUGCAGACUGUGAACGAGUUUUUUCUGUGCUAAAGAAAAUACACACAGAAAUGAGAAGUAACUUAGAGAAUUCAACAGUAUGUGCCCUAUUGUCGACUAAAUUAAAUCAGACAGUGAAAUGUCACAACUUUAAGCCAACCAAGGAUCAUAUAAAGUCUGCAAAACAAGCUUGUCUUAGCUAUAGCAAUAGUUUUUGCUCCAAGUGACUGUGAGUUAGUUAAGAAGUCACUAUGAUGUGUUGUCUGGUGCAUGUGCUGUGAUUGUAUAAAAACCAUAUAAAACCCCUUUUUUGUUCUUUUGUAAAACUUGAUACUUUUUUGUACCACACCAUUGAUUGAUUGUACAUGUAUUGUAUUGAAAUAUGAAAAUGAAGUUAUCAUAUCUUAUUCUUGUUUUCAUUGGAAAAAGUAGAGAGAGAUUUGUAGAUAGAUGUAGAA